GUCAGGCGGCGGAGGAUGCGCACAACAUGAGCAACAGCCAACAGAGCUCAUAGACAGCAGAAGACGGUGAAUUCCGACUCUCUUCUGCUCGUUUAGCGUCGGGAAUAUGAUCUAGAAACACUUCGCUUACUCAGUCUUUUAUUUUCUCGUCUGUUAUUCCGGAUCAGACCUCAGGUUCGGCAGAGACGCUUCACAUCACAGUAUUGCAGACCAUGUGGAUGCAAAACCUGGCAGUCCUGUCCAAGAGCAGCGUGUUCUCCUUCAACUGAAUCUAGACCAGAUAACUGGACUUCAGGACUGUAGGAUUAUCUGAGCAUCACUAGCAGUGACCGGACUCCAUCUCUGAUCAUCUAUUUUGGAUUAUUCUGCUGAGGAGGAGUUACUUCGGAGAGCAUGAUUACUUCCAGAGCUGGAAUACUAGAGACUAAUCUAGUUUAUGUGGGCAAACUCAGUUACAGCAGCGGAUCUCUCAUGUGAACAGAGCAGCGUCUAAUUCGUUUUGCUGCAGGAGGUGCAUCGACUUUUGCAGUUUGUGUACUCGUUCUUAAGCAAAAUCAAGAGUUUUGAAUCUUCACAAUGUGUUAAUGUGUCAAUAGGAACAUUCUCUUAGAACGUUUUUCUGCGUAUACUGGGACGAAGUCCAUUCUGUUUGCUGUUGGUGUGGAGUUGAAUCGAAUGGCUCGACCCGGCGCUGGGGCUUUGGUGUCGCUGGGAGGCGGAUACUCGUCUCAGAGCAUGGCUAGGGUGGUGGUUUGGGAAUGGCUAAAUGAACACGGCCGCUGGAGGCCGUACAGCGCUGCUGUUUGCCAUCACAUCGAAAACGUCCUGAAGGGAGACGCACGAGGAACAGUCAUACUGGGGCAGGUGGAUCCGCAGCUCGCACCCUACGUCAUAGACCUGCAGUCCAUGCAUCAGUUCAGACAAGACACAGGCACAAUGCGUCCCGUUCAGCGCAACUUCUACGACCCGUCCUCGGCUCCAGGCAAGGGCAUCGUGUGGGAAUGGGAGAAUGACUGCGGCUCCUGGACGCCGUACGAUAUGGAGCUGUGCGUCAGCAUCCAGAACGCCUACGAGAAGCAGCACCCCUGGCUGGACCUGAGCUCGCUGGGCUUCAGCUAUGUGGUGGACUUCGACGGGAUGUCCCAAACCAACCGCCAAAGCCAGAGGAAGCGGCGCAUCCGCCGACGGAUGGACCUGGCGUACCCUCUAAUCGCUGGAUCCAUCCCCAAAUCCCAGUCCUGGCCGGUGGGCACCAGCUCGGGACUGCCUUGCACCUGCCAGCAGUGCAUGCUGGUCCACAGCACGCGGGCCGCGUCCAACGCCAUUCUGGCGCUGCAGCAGAGGAGGAAGCUGUACGGGACGGAGGGCGGAGCCACCGCCGUCGUCAAGCAGAGCAACACCUUCACUGGCUCCUCCCUCUGGUCCCCCGCGACAUCUGUUGCCAGGGGACACCAUAACAACAUAUCAGUGGGAGGCGGAGGAGGAGGCGGGAAGGUGGAGAUGAACGGGGUGAAUUUCCCAUGCGGUCCUGCGAUCGUGACGCUGCCGUCAAAAUACUCGCUUACUAUUAACGGACAGAAUAAUCUGAACCGGCCGGGAACACAGAGGAUCACGGUGACGGCCAGCCGAGGAACUGUCCCUCCUGGGGUUCCUGCACUUCCUGUGAAGAAUCUCACUGGGUCUGGACAGGUUCAUCCUGCAUUAGCAGGAAUGACUGGUAUCCUCAUGUGUGCCGCUGGGCUCCCCGUGUGUUUGACUCGGGCUCCUAAACCCAUCCUGCAUCCACCGCCGAUCAGCAAGACCGACCUGAAACCUGUGCCAGGGAUCAACAGCAUCCGGCGCAAGACCAAGAAAAAGCACCUCCGCAAAGGUAAAAACCCAGAGGACGUGGUCCGGCGCUACACAGAGAAGAUCAAGACGGCUCCCGAUGAGGACUGCACCAUCUGCAUGGAGCGACUGGCCACCGCGUCCGGAUACGACGGAGUGCUGAGCUACAAAGGCUUCAAGCCCGAGCUGGUCGGCAAACUGGGAAAGUGCGGCCACAUGUACCAUCUUCUGUGUCUGGUGGCCAUGUACAACAACGGCAAUAAGGACGGCAGUCUGCAGUGUCCCACCUGUAAAGCCAUCUACGGAGAGAAAACCGGCACACAGCCUCCUGGGAAGAUGGAGUACCACGUGAUUCCUCAUUCUCUACCUGGAUGCUCCGACACCAAGACUAUCCGGAUCAUCUAUGACAUUCCCGCUGGGAUACAGACCACAGAGCACCCGAAUCCCGGGAAAAAGUACAGCGCACGUGGAUUUCCUCGACACUGCUACUUACCAGACAACGAGAAAGGUCGGAAGGUGUUAAAGUUGCUAAUCAUGGCUUGGGACCGUCGUUUGAUCUUCACCAUCGGGACGUCCAGCACCACGGGAGAGACGGACACAGUGGUGUGGAACGAGAUUCACCACAAGACCGAGUUCGGCUCCAACCUCACGGGCCACGGCUUCCCCGACCCCAACUAUCUGGACAACGUGAUGAGAGAACUGGCCGCUCAGGGCGUAGGAGAGGACAACCUGAAGGACUGAGGCUCGGUCCGCACACACACACACACACUCAAGCUGAGGAGUUCCUGACCGCCGGAGAGACCUUUGACCUCUCUGGGAACGACGGUUCUCGCUGACCCCGAGUGAGAGACGAGGAGAUGUGGAUGAUGUAGUGAUGAAAUCAGUCAAAAUUACUCUAAACGUUUCUCAUUCACUGUCACAGCUCUCUUUCUCUCUCUCUAUCUCUCGCGAUGCUCUUUUUCAAGGCUACCCAGAAUGCAUCUGGGUUCAGACCGGUGCAUGUGGUAGUUGUAUAUACACACACAUUAGUGGUUGACCGAUAUGGGUUUUUCCAGUGGCGAUGCCUCUACAGAUAUAAUAUGUCAUAUCUAGGGCUGUCAAGUGAUUCAAAUGUUUUAAUCUAAUUAAUUACAUGAUCUGCAGAUUAAUCAGAGAAAUUCCCCCCAAGUGAUUAUUUAUUGUGUUAUAUGAAAAAAGUUUUCUUUUAAGUAUUUCUUUAGUAUUGGAAUAUGGUUUUUAAAAAAUGAAAUGAAUUUGAAAGUAAAACCUGUAGUAGGCAAAGGCAAGUCUUAAUAAGUGAGUCGUUGAAUUAUUCAUCCCAACCGAUUUAUUCAAGCCGAUGAUUCAGUCAGAAACGAAGCAGGUGACUCUCUUUAUGAACGAGUCACUGAUUCAUUCAAAUGGCUGAUUCACUGAAAAAUAUAGCUAGCGACUGUCUUAAUAAAUCAUUGGUUCACUCGAUUUGUUCAAAUGUCUGAUUCAGUCAGUAAUGAAGCAAGUGACUGUUUUAAGGAAUGAGUCACUGAAUCAAUGGCUCACUCAAUUCAAUCAAAUACCUGAUUCGUUCAGUAAUGAAGCUAGUGACUGUCUUUAUGAAUGAGUCACUGAAUCAUUGGCUCACUUGAUUCAAUCAAAUACCUGAUUCGUUCAGUAAUGAAGCUAGUGACUGUCUUUUUGAAUGAGUCACUGAAUCAUUGGCUCACUCAAUUCAAUCAAAUACCUGAUUCGUUCAGUAAUGAAGCUAGUGACUGUCUUUAUGAAUGAGUCACUGAAUCAUUGGCUCACUUGAUUCAUUGAAACAGCUGAUUCUUUCAGAAAUGAAGAAAGUGACUGUCUUUAUGAACGAGUCACUGAAUCAUUGGCUCACUGGAUUCAUUCAAACGGCUGAUUCUUUCAGAAAUUAUGAAAGUGACUGUCUUUAUGACAGUCACUGAAUCAUUGGCUCAUUUGGUUAAUUCAAACAGCAGAUUCUUUCAGAAACGAAGAAAGUGACUGUCUUUAUGAACGAGUCACUGAAUCAUUGGCUCACUGGAUUCAUUCAAACGGCUGAUUCUUUUAGAAAUUAAGAAAGUGACUUUCUUUACGAAUGAGCCACUGAAUCAUUGGCUCACUUGAUUCAUUGAAACAGCUGAUUCUUUCAGAAACGAAGAAAGUGACUGUCUUUAUGAAUCAGUCACUGAAUCAUUGGCUCACUCGGUUUGUUCAAAAACAUGGAUUCAUUCAGUAACAAAACACAGUGUUGCUUGCUUUAUAAAAUUAAAUAAACACCUAUUUUACCCAUUAUUUACUAAAAAAUGUUGACGUUUGUAAGCUAAAUGAACACCUCUGUUAAUCUGCCAGUUAUUAGCUGAUGCUGAUGAUCUCAAAAUCACCAAAUAUCAGAUGAUUCAUUCCGUUUCUUGAUAUAUCGGUCUACCACUGCAUCCAAUGUCUGUGCAUUCCAUUGGAUAACAUGGAGAAGUUUUGUUUCUAUGUUGAUUUUUUUAAACUGCAUCACUUUCAGACAGUUUUCCUGAUGUUUUCUGCUUGAAACAGCAUCAGUUUGGCCUCCGUAUAUAUAACAGAUUAAAGGAGGAAGCCUGUAGUUGUUGCGUUUGUAGGGAAAUCGGUGUAGAUGGAUCCAUAAGCAGAUUUUCUGGGCUGUUUUUGAUGUUUGUGCAAGCGAUGCAUAAAAUAUCUGCACUUGAAAACAUUCAGCUCUCCGGCUGGUGUGCUCCUUUUGAACUUCAGAGCAAUUAGCGGAGCUCAGAGCGAACGCUGAGAUUUGAGGAUCCUUCUGUGUGCGCUUUAACUUUUAGAAUGAAUAAGAUAAAUAGGAUGUCUUCUUGAAAUAUGCAAUGAUUCAUAUCUUUCUUGCUUUGUUUCUCUUUUAUGUCAUUGAUCUGAGAGCGUGGUUUUCUGUACGCAGACGGGUUUGUCUGUGCUGUGUUUGGAUUGGAAUACUGGCAUACUACUUUACUAGAAUACUGCACACAGUAUACAGUACUAUUUUUAAAAUGCAGGCGUUAUUUCAUGAUGAAUGUUUUAAAUAAUUGUCCUUUUAAAUUGCAUGCGAGUGGCGUCCAGUUAUGAUGUUGAAUAAAUGCAAUUGUUGCCAAUUUUUAAUUAAAUUUUGUGCACUAAAGUGAGAAUUUAUGGCAGUCAAAUGAUCAAAUAAUUCCUAGUUCAUUUGUCACACUGGAAAUAAAGUUGAGCAUUUUGCAGUGGUUCUCAACCAGGGGUCCGGGCCUCAAAAUUACUUAAAUUAUUUAAAAUAUAAUUAAAAAAGACAAAACAAGCAUUUAAAUAAGCUAAAGUCAAAGCAAAAAAAAAAAAAAAAGAAAAGAAAAUCAUUUUGAGUAACUAAAACAAAUCAAAAGUAACUAAAAAUUGUAAGAUAGAUAUCUUAUUUCAGCUAUUGCCAAAACAGAAUUUCUCAUUUUCAUUUAGUUUAACCUGAAGUACUAAAAUAACUAAAACUAAAACUGAAGCAAAAAUGAACAAAACUAUAUAGACAUAA